AGGUGCUUCGCGGGCUGGGCCGAGCCGAGCAGCCGCAACCCCAACCCCGCGCUGCCCCGUAUAGAAUCAUGGCAAGUCCAAGAACAAGGAAAGUUCUGAAGGAAGUCAGGGCACAGGAUGAAAAUAAUAUCUGUUUCGAGUGUGGUGCAUUUAACCCCCAGUGGGUGAGCGUGACCUAUGGGAUAUGGAUCUGUCUGGAGUGUUCAGGAAAACACAGAGGCUUGGGAGUUCAUCUCAGUUUUGUGCGCUCAGUCACCAUGGACAAAUGGAAGGAUAUUGAACUGGAAAAGAUGAAGGUUGGUGGCAAUAGCAAGUUUCGAGAGUUCCUGGAGUCUCAAGAUGAUUACGAUCCCUGCUGGUCGAUGCAAGAGAAAUACAACAGUAAAGCUGCAGCUCUUUUUAGAGAUAAGGUGGCUACUUUAGCUGAGGGCAAAGACUGGUCUCUUGAAACUUCUUCUGCCCAAAACUGGGCUCCUCCUCAACCCAAGAUGUCUCUGACUUCAAGUCAUCGUUCUGCUGGCCAGUCCCAGAACACAACUGCCUCUUCUGAGAAAGCCUUUGAAGAUUGGUUAAAUGAUGAUGUUGGUUCCUAUCAAGGAGGCCAAGAGAAUCGUUAUGUGGGUUUUGGGAACACAGUCACCCCUCCAAAAAAGGAUGAUGACUUCCUCAAUAAUGCCAUGUCCUCACUGUACUCGGGAUGGAGUAGCUUUACAACUGGAGCAAGCAAGAUUGCCACAGCAGCUAAAGAGGGUGCGACCAGAUUUGGAUCUCAAGCAAGUCAAAAGUUUUGGGGCUACAAGCAGCAGCCAGAGCCGGCAUCAGAGUUAGGUCAGACAUUAAAUGAAAAUGUUCUCAAACCUGCACAAGAAAAGGUGAAAGAGGGAAAACUUUUUGAGGAGGUCACCGUAGGGGUAUCUCAGUUGGCUACCAAGGUUCAGGGAGCUGGUAGUAAAGGAUGGCGAGAUGUCACCACUUUCUUUUCUGGCAAACCAGAUGAUCAUUCUGAAAGACCAGCUGAGAGAGACAGUUAUCAGAACAGUGGAGGAGAGGGCUACCAGAACAAUAGUGUAGAUCAAAGCUUCUGGGAAACAUUUGGCAACUCAGAUCCACCCAAGGCUCAUAAAUCUCCAAGCAGUGACAGCUGGACAUACGUGGACAAUUCCACUGAGAAGAAGAGCUCUGAUAGCUGGGAUGUCUGGGGUUCGGGGACAGUUUCCAACAACAAGAACAGUAACAGCGACAGCUGGGAGAACUGGGAGACCAACUGGGAAACUGCAGGAGGGGAGAGCAAGUCCAAAAAAACCCCGAAGAAAACAAAAAAGGUGUCCUCAGGCACCGAGGAUGGGUGGGAUAACCAGAACUGGUAGGACUCUAGCUUUAUGCCACAUGGCUAAGGAGGGAGGCUGUGCUGGUUGAUGGGAGGAAAAAAAAACAAACCACACACACAUAACUGGAUUAACAUGGUUUUCUCUAUUGACCUGUUCCUUUGUGCUUCCCUGUCAUUCUCCUUUCUUCUAUUCCAGUUUAGAAAAAAAAUAGUGUCUGAUUCUCGUGUUCAUAUGAAGAUAUGGCGCUCCCAUUGUCAAGGAUGUCAGUAGAUCUGUUCUCUUCACACUAGUGCUGUUGGAGCUGGGUAUGCCAACCUACUUAAAGUAAAAUCAGAGGAAUAAAUUGGUGCAAGCACGUUUUCUUGGCACGGUAUUUGCAUGUGUAGUUUCAUGGGGCUGCCCAUCCAGCCUUCGUAACUUCGGAGAGCAUCUGGGGUGGAGAAGACAGGGAAAGGAGAGGAGAUAUCUUCAACUGAUGUCCAACAUUCAUAAAAGUGAACUGCAGUUGCAUAAGUGCCAGUUGAAAUGCCUUUCUGGAUUGCUGGGACUGCAUUCAAUCUGGCAAUUCAAAAUGGCCAUUAAAACACUUUUUAUUGAACGUGUUUUUAAACUUUACAAGGUUUGAGAACUUUUUAAAACUUUUUUUUUCCUUGGAGAGAAUUCAUAGAUGAGAAAAAUCUAGGGCUAGAUAAUUAUUUGUAUGUAACCCACCAUUUUGUCAGCCUGACUGUAUAAGGGUAUUCAAAGUGGCACUACUUACACUCCUGCGUUUGCGUGUAGGCAUUUACACAGUGCAGAAUGCAUGCAAGUGUGUAAUGCACGGUUAUGGCGUAUAUUCCUUUUAAUUUAACUAUGAUGAAGGGGCCUUCCUGUGCCUCUCUAGCUUUCUUCCUUAAUUUCACCUGCCAUAUUUGUUAAAUUGAAACCCUUUUCCCUUCUGCAUGGCACUGGACUGCCAAUGCAGCAGGGAAACUGGAGAAAUCCUGGAGCAGUAGCACAAAAUGGGUGGAAGAUGUGAGAACACAAUGUAACUAUAUAGCCGGAGACAACCCACUUUCGCAAUGGAUUUAGCAGUGAAAUUUUAGUUCAGUUUGUUAAACUUAGAUAAAUUUUAUAAUUGUUCUGUCACUUCUCCCUACCAUUUCCUAGUACCUUUCUUUUUUUUUUUUCUUCUUUCUGUUUCUUUUAAGAGAUACUAUUUCGAAGAGGCUGUUGGAGCCCUACUUAUGUCAGCAUUACAGAAUGGAGCAGGAUAUGAAUGCUGGAGUCAGGUGUCAACUUCAACCAUUUUAGCUGUUUUGCAUGAUCUAUAAACAUAAACUUUUGCAUAGGGAAAACGGAAAUAGAAGAAUUCAGAUCUUAUUUCCCUUAACAGCAAAGGUGCCUUAUGUUGAGUAUUUCCAUAUUGCUGAUAGCUCUACUUUUUUAUUGUUAAUGUGCUGUAAUAUUAUACAAUGUGACUAAAUAUUUUGAAGCCACUUGAAAACUUCACAUCAUGGUGCCAAUUGGUAAAGUCUACUUCAAAUGAUAGCAUGAAAUUCUUGAUCUGAACAACUGUGAAACCUUGAGAGUGCAUCCAAGAAAAUAUAUUGACUGUACGACAGAUGAGACUCAUGGUGUGAUGAGUUUUUAGCUCUCAAAUACUGAUGCAUUUCAGUUUUCACCAUGGAGAAGGUUCAAGUGGACGCGGGCUAUAAAUGAGGUGUCUUUACCAGGCCUCUCUGCCCUCCACCACCUCUCCCGAAUCAUGAUUUAUCCAAAAAGUAUUACCGGCUUCUUGGUUUGUAGUCUAGGUAGCAACAUCUGUAUUUACAGUCCAGGGAAGCGUAGGUCUUACAGGCUUUCUUAGCUGUAUAGUCUUUCAGCUGUUUUCUGGCCCUGGCUUUUAAACUGCUGUCCUGACCUUUACCUCAUUGGCUUUUUCUCAUCUGUAGUGCCCUUUCAGUGAUAUGCGGAGAGACAUGUGGACAUUAUGUCCUCUUGGAGAACCUUAUGCAGUGAAGGUCAUUAUCCAGAGGGUGCUUGUGCCAGGUUAGUGUAAGGCCCCAUGAGUCCCACUGAGGAAGUAUCAUUGGCACAGUGACCCUUUUAACAGGGGAAAUCUAAGGCCUCUGAUACCUCUUGCAGAACCAUUGUCAAGAACACUCGCAACCUGACUCUUUAUAAAGGUGACUUUUUUUAUUCAAAUUUGUCCUGUUCCAGAGAUACCGUUGUCUUGGCUUGAUUGCAUGUUAAACACGUAACAAUUUUUGUAUUUUAAUGCAUACUCUCCUAUGACCUGCUGCUCUUGUCACUUGUCUGCUGCCCAGUUUGAACCUGUAAUGCAUGUUCUUUGGAGGCCAUGCCAUGUAAUUCAUGUGAAGUGGUAUUGCCCAGUCCUUGACUACCAUUUAAUUUUUGUGAAGUAUUGCAGUAGUAGUGACAAGCAAAAUGCAUAUGUUCGGCUGGGUUGCCUGACUGCUGAAACUGUCUGUCUAAAGUGAUGAGAAGCUGAUUCAGCUUCCUGCGUGCAUUUGGAUUGUUAUGUCACUUUUGUCAACCUCCCCAAAUAUAAGGGGUUUUCCCCCCUCCUUUCUUCCCCCCCUAAUAAGAUGGGCUUUUAUUUCAUUCUGUAUGCUCCGUAAUAAUUCACUACAUGUGCAUGCAUCCUUGUACACCUUCAUUUCAUCCUUUGCCUAAAUAAGGGGCUGUUUAUAUCACACUUGCAACUGUUUGGCACAGCCUAGUUUUUCAGGCUGCACUUUAAAUUAGAAACCGUACAUGCCUGAUUGGGUAGACCUUUGUGAAAACGAUGUUCUUUCAGUACAGAAGAAAAUGAAGGAACAUUUUUUUUCACCUGUAAAGAAAUCUUACGCUGUUGUGGAGGCAUAGAAGUAUCCUAGGACCGUAGCUUGAGGAUGGUAAAAAACAGCACUGUACUGGGAGAUACAGAUGCAAAAGUAAAACUAGGCCUUCUGCUAGGUUCAGGUGUAAAUACAGUUCCAUUUUUCUAGAACUGCUCAAAUAAAAAUGAUUUUAUUUUGGCCCAUCUGUACCCAGAGUCUAGCAUGAAGGUGAGGGAUGGGGCAAACAGGACAUUUUCUUCUUUGAUCUUUUUGUUUUCUUGGGUUCUAGUUUCUUGGAUAGGAGUUGGCUAAGAGAGCAUCAUCGCUGAGAACACCGAUCAGUUUUCAGAUUAAAUGAAAUGGGAAGGUCAGGGUAGGCGUGGAAGUAGUAACAAGCCCUCUCAGUUGUCACUCUUAACCAUUCUUGUCCCAGGCCCCAGGAACUGAAUUGCUGAGCUUUCUCAUUCAUAGAUGUGCCCCAGUAUUGAAUUUGGGAUGCACUGGCAGGGUGGGCAAACCUGUAGCAUUGGUGCAUGCUAUACCUGUGUUGCGGUUAAACAAGACUUUGGUUUCUAGGGCUCUCACUUCUGCACCUUUUCUUUCACUAACACUGUGGGGGGAGGGGAGGGAAGCCACUGUAAAGACACUGGAGAAGGAGGGGACAAAGGAGAUAAAUCAGAGAUGUCUUCUAUUUGAUAUUGCAUUAUCCAGUUUAAUCUUCCCUGUGAUUUGGCCUCCAUUUCAUUGAAACUGAUAGCUUCCUCAUUGGCAGGCUGAAUUUCUAGAAGUAGCCUCAUGAUUGGAGAGAAGAUUUAGGACAUUCAAGCUAAGUGCCAUUUGCAAAAGAGCAAACCAUGUUAGUUCUUGAGUGCUCCCAAACCGGAAACUGGACUUCCUCUUCCCAAGGGGUUAGGUUUUUAAAAUGUUUCACUUUCUCUUAAAUCAGUCCUGAGUUAUUUUGAAUGUCAAGAAAUGCUUGGCCAACUCUUCCCUCAUUCUAGAAAUCUCAAGGAUAUUGCUGCUGCUUUUUUUUCCCACUCUGAACAUUGUAACAUUCCACAGGUUGAUAAUGUAUUUAUCGGUGUAAAACUCUGUGCAAUAAUUUAACAAGUGUAGGUGAAACCUCCUUUGUUGUCUAAUGCAGGAAAUUAUUUAAAGAUGCAGUGUCCCUGUCUGAGAUUUAAUUUAACAGUCAGUAGAAAUAUUACAAAAUCCCUUUUGCCUUUUCAUCAUCCAAUUUUAACAUCCUUUUUUUCAAAGAGGGUUUGAGCAAAAGUCAAGAGGCAGACUCGUGCUUCAGUUUUGGACUGAAAUGUUCUAGAAAGACAACUUGUAGAGCUGCUUAUUGUUUUCAUGCCAGCAGGAAUUUGGCAAAUGAGGGGUACUGUAUCUUUAAUUUUCCUAAUGUGUUUUAUGUGAAGUUCAUGGGAGUAGCAAUUUCAGUGAACAGUAUUCCUUGUUCUGUAGAGUGGUACUGGACUUGAACUGCAGUGUCAUCUAUUAAAAGAGCAUUACAAUAAAGCAAAGAGAAACCGA